AUGUGCAAAACAUUAAAUAGAACAAAGCAACUUGCAGAGCGAUUACUCCGAGGACACCUUAGUUGGGCAGAAGUGGACAACACAGCAGACGGGCUUAAACGUAGUGACGGGAGGACCGCUACGAUGGACAAUUCUAAGGGACUGAAGCAGAGGGGCCGGGAAGGCGGGAGAGAAAACGGAGGGGAACACGGAGCAGAACAUCGAGACGAAAACGCGGCAAGUGAGCGGAGCAGCAAAGCAUCGGGAUUCCUCCAUCAUGAACUAGACCAUGUUCGGUUGUAUGACCGUAAUCACCAGGAGGGCAAGAAACUGAGCGAGUUUGUUGAAGAAAUCAACCACUUUCAAGAGCCGAGGCCGAAACUAGCGUUUUGCUCUGUCAAGACGCCAUGGAGGCGCAGGCUUCAAACGCUCGCAGUGGCCUGGCACGUCGCGUCAUUUGUGUAUAUCCUGGCGUUUGCGAUCCUGGCGCUCGCAAAUCCCAUCAUGUGGAUUAUCAUGUUCCCGUACAUGGCUUACUACGCAUUUGACAGGUCACCUGCUAACGGGAACGUCACGAAGCGGUACUCGAAGUGGAUGAGGGGCCUCACUUUCUGGCGCUAUUACUGCGACUACUUCCCUAUCCAGCUUCACAAAACAGCAGAUCUCAAGCCGACGUUUACGCACAAAAAACACAGCAGCGGCUGCCCUUCAGAGGAUAAAUACCUCGUCAGCUUUCAGCUGCGCUUGUGGCCUCUGAGAUACUCGCUCAAAGUCAACAUCCUCAAACUUGGAGGCGCCCCUCCCAGAGAAGUUACAGGUCCACGCUACAUAUUCGGAUACCAUCCCCAUGGGGUGGCUGCACUGGGAGCUUUCGGCGCGUUUGCAACAGAGGGUGCUAACUGGUCCAAGCUUUUUCCUGGUAUUCCCAUGUGCCUCAUGACCCUAGUUAACCAGUUCCAGAUCCCGUUCUACCGAGACUACCUUCUUUCGCUGGGCGUCACCACAGUCUCAAAGAAGAACGCUCUGAAGGUUCUAGAGCGUAACCAUUCUAUCUGCAUAGUUGUUGGAGGUGCGCAAGAGGCCUUGAUGAGCAAACUUGGCUCUGCAGACUUGGUUCUCAAGAGAAGGAAGGGUUUCAUCAAACUUGCUCUGGAGACCGGAAACGUUUGCUUGGUGCCCUGCUUUGCUUUCGGAGAGACCGACUGCUACAACAUCUUAGAAACUGAUGAAAAAUCGUACUUACACAAGUUCCAGCUGUGGUUUAAGAAGACCUACGGCUUUACAAUUCCCCUCUUUUUCGCUCGUGGCCUGUUUAACUACGACUUCGGCUUGAUACCGUUCCGUAAGCCGAUCAAUGUAGUGACAGGGAACCCUAUUUAUAUCAAAAGGAAGCAUGAUAACCCCACUGUUGAAGAAAUUGACCAUUAUCAAAAGCUGUAUAUUGACGAGUUACAGAGGACUUUUGAUGACUACAAGAGACAGUUUGGGUACAAAGACCUCGAACUUAACUUGGCAGAAUGA